AUGCCUCUGGAACGUGCCGACUUCGUUGGUGCCAUAUGGCUCACUACCCCUAUUCUGCAUUGUCUCUUAGUCUUUUACGUCGCGUUGGUCAACUUCAAUCUUCUUGUGCUCGAAGACCCUUACCUGGAGCACAAGUGGACACAACCCACAAGCGAUGGGAAGAAACCUCAACAGUCUUUCCACUCUCUCGGUGCUUGGGACCGGAUAAGAUGGUGUUUUGACAAUGCCUUUUCCACCAGAGGUAUUGGAUGGAACUGGCGGACUGCACCUCUACCUCCAGCUCCUGCCCCAGGCACCUCCAAGACCGCCUUCUUCAGGCUAUCGAUGCAAAGAAUACUACAGCAAUACAUGAGCCAUGAUAUUGCUGCCGGUCUUCUUCUGUGGCUGACUCAUGAUGGGAAAAUGAGCGUCGUUGAGUUAGACUUUGUCCCCCGUUGCAUCGCUACAGCCUGCUGGUGGGCCUCGUCAAUUGCCGUGAUGGAUAUCGGAUAUCACAUCGCUUGUUUGAUUGGGGUGUCGUCCGGGCUUUUUUGGACGCGCAUCGAAGACGUCCACCCGGUAAACGGACCUUGGGUCGAGUGCUACACCCUGAGCAGGUUCUGGAACCGCACGUGGCAUCAGAACUUUCGAAGGGGCCUGCAAAUCCCUAGCAGAUUCGUGGCUAGGAGAGUCGUCAGAGCACCUAGAGGGUCUAUGCUCAGUCGUCAAACCCAAUCGUACUUUGCAUUCGCCCUGUCUGGACUGUACCACUGGGCGGCAGCAAAGAUGGCAGCUCCAUUUGAGUCUUUCGCAAGAACUCUCACCUUCUUUUUUCUGAUGCCGAACAUCUUGCUCUUGGAAGAUCUGGUCAUUCGUUUUGCUCAGGAGAAACUCGGAUGGCGUGGAUCCUGGUGGCGUGUUGUUGGACUCGUGUGGACUUUUCUUGCUUUGACCAUACUCGGUACAGGAUUUGUGAACGAUUUGGUCGCACCUGGACUUGUGACCGCUUUUCCGGCGCUACCAAUGUCACCCACUUAUCAUAUGCUGAACACCAUGGUCGAAAAUAGGGGUUGA